GUAGUUUAAACAAAUUGGUUCUUUUGCUACAGGAAUUGGCUGCUGUGUGUUGUCAUUAGGGUGAAACGCUUGGGCAGGAUCAUGUGGGGUGAUUAUUACCAAAUACUGCAAAUUUAAGAGGAGAGCAUUCUUUGGCCCUUGUGUGUUUGUGAAUAUGUGAGAGAAAGAGAGAGACGCUGAGGGCAAGGAAACAAAAGAACGGUUCUCAGUUACAGCGCUAAAGGUAGGAGGAGAUUUGUUAGUGGCAGUGAGGCCGGGCCUUCAGUGGGUUGGAAUGAAUCCAGCAGGAGAGGCUGAGAAAAAGCAAUAGAAAAAUCAUGGUAACGGGGAAGGGGGGGGAGAGGCCCUGCUUGGUGUCGGUAACUCCAGCAGGCUCCUUUGGAGGAAGUGACGGGAUCUAAAAGCAAAAAAAAAGGCUUCUUCUCACACAACUGAUUCCUGAGUUCCACCUCUUUUGAGCUGCCCUGACGGCAGCAACAUCUUCAGCGGUUGAGGUCAAAGAGAUGCCCUCUCCGUUGCAAGGAACAGGCCAGUAUCUUGGCUCUAAAGGGUGAAAAGAAAAGCACAGUCCCGCAGUCAAUGGGAUGUCUGCAUCUGUAGGGAGCCUGAGAUCUUAGAAGAGUUUGGAAGUCAGAAAUGACAGGCUGAUGGAAUAUCUACCACAGAUGUGGACAACCUAUCAGAUUACAGAUAGCCGGGCUUACUGUGGAGUUCUGUGUAUCCAUUCCUUAGAUUGUAAUCCUAUUCACAACACCUGGCAGUCCUUUCCCAUCCUGCUACUUGCUCUCUUCAGCCUUAUGGCUGCUGUGAACACAACAGAUUCAGAAACUACAGCUUUGAACCUUGAACUGGAAGAGAAUGUGACAACUACCGCACCAGAGUCCUUGGUUUCAACAGAAGACUCACAGGAUAUGAGUACAACACCAAGAGACAGAAGCCUCCCAACUGAAGAAGACAGCACAACAACAGUGGUAUCUACAGUUGAAGUGAAAACAAUGGAAGAAACAACUAGUAGUACCCGAAGCACCGUGAGAUUCUUAAAUACCAAAAAACGUUCCUCAGUUGCCAACCAGGAUACAGAAGCAGCUGCUGAAUAUCAUGAUGAAAUUUUUAAAUAUGAUUACUACUCUUUGCGCAAAUGGGGUCUAAUAGCGGCGGCCGUCCUGUUUAUCCUGGGCAUCCUGAUUCUCACCUGUGGUAAACCUGGGAAACUCCUACAAUGCCGAAGGAAAAAGCGAACCAGAAACUAUGAUGUUACCGCUGCCUGAAGUUACUUCAUGUCCUCCUAAGGACUGGAAGGGACCUCUGGAGGCUGCCUGUUGCUCCUCUGUGCUGGAGGCAACUCUUCUUCUCCUUCCCAAAUGGAGAUGUUGCUGCCUAGUUCCCUCCAGUCCCCACUUGACCUUUCUACUUGCCUCUUACCCGCUCCCAGCACCUCUGCCCAGCCUAUAUUGUAUUUUCAUAUAGUCAUUCCGUCCCUUUGUAGAACCAGAACACUGGAGAAUGUAUUCUCUUUGCAUAGCUUGAAUUAAGAAGGGAAAUGUGUCUUGGCUCCCGGAUUUGGGGCCAGGCUGCCGACACUGGAGGCCAAGAAAAACCCCUUUCUCCCUGCCAAGACGACUCAAAUUCUGUAAUUACAAUAAAAUUCUUGGUGUGGCUCAUCCCCCCACCCCCAAAAACAA